UCGUCCCUUGGCGCCAACCGUUCAAACCAGCUCCCUGCCUGUGUGUGCCGCGCGCCAAACAAACAACGACCGACACAGGUCGUGAGACUGCUGUGCGGCCGUGUGCUGUGGUGGUGAGGCUUCCAUUCCAGCCCAUUGUUGUGUCGUUGGUGGCUGGUGACAGACAAGCAGAGACACGUCCAGCCAACAGCGUGGUGGUGGGUGCUGGUGGGUGCAGAUAGGCAGGCGUUGCUGUGAGGCGAAUACAGACGCAAGUGCACGACGCCAAAGGAGAAGGAAGAGAAGUGGUGCACACUGCAGCGUACCGUAACUUAACGUAACCAACAAGCAGCAGCAGCAGCAGCAGCAGUUGAGCGCAAGGAUGAGGAUCACGACCGACCGGUUUGCCAACGCCUUUGAUGACAUUCGGAAGCGUGCGUUGAGCGAUGGCUGUUCUGUGCUCAUCCUCGUCGCAGCAGACUGCGACGCAUUGUGCGCUUACCACAUGGUGAAGGACCUAUUGCGAGCAGAGUACAUCAAGUACAAGAUGAUGUCUGUGGAGAACCAAGUGGACCUCGAAAACUCAAAGACAACAAUCAAGGAGAGCCAAGGACAGAUCAAAGUUGUGUUGAUGAUCAACUGCGGCGGCACCGUUGAUGUGGCCCAAGUGUUGGAUUUGAGCGACGAGGAGCAAGAGGACCUGUGCAUCUACGUUCUCGAUUCGCACCGACCCCUCAACCUCGACAACGUCUACUCCGAAAACAUCCGUGUCUUUGAUGAUGGCGAGACGAACAUCCCGCAGCCCGAGGAAGUCGCCGACAGCGAUUCUGAGGACGAGGAUGAGGACACGGAUUCCGGCGAGCCGGGCGCCAAGCGAACAAAGUGGGGGGACCGGAUGGCUGCGCGAAUCGCCAAACAGCAGCGGCUGCGGUCGUACUACGAGGCAGCAUACUACGGCGUGUCGUCAGCAGUGUUGGUUGGUCACCUCGUCAGCGAGCUUGGGCGCAGCAGCAACGCGUUUCUCUGGUGUAGCGCUCUCGGUCUCACCGACCAGUACCUCCACGACAAGAUCAGCAGUGAUAUGUACGUGCAACAGGCGCUCACGCUCCAGUCAGAAAUCCUCAAGUUCAACAGCGAGGAGGAGAGUCGGCGGCACCGUGGCGUAUCGCUCGCUGUGGAGGAGGACGCAAAGUUCUUUCUCCUCAGACACUGGACCCUCUUUGACGCCAUGAGACACUCCAGGUAUCUUGUGUCACGCAUCCCCGUGUGGACCAACAAGGGCGAAGAGCGAUUGCGUCAUCUCUUUGCCACAAUGGGCGUUUCCCUCCAGACGUGCAAACAAGUCUACAAAACACUGGACACGGCAACAAAGGCACACAUUCUGGAGCAGUUGAAAGAACACGGGCACGCAUAUGGUCUCGACACAAUCACGUUUCUGUCGUUUACGUACCGAACCGGUUACGAGCCUGCCGUGGCGGCGUCAGAUGUGGUGUAUGCCGUCAACGGUAUUCUCAAUCACACUGCACCCGAGGAGGACGUGCAGCGGCGCGUGUUCAAGGCACUGGACUGCCUGUCCAUGCGCAAGAAAGACGUGUUUGAAUUCGGCGUCCACUGCGCAAAGGAGCAGGAGAUGGCUGUGAUGAACCAGGUGCAGUUUGCAUUCCAGGACGACACUGGUCCACGGCAACGCUGGCAUCUUGCGAUGGUGCGCACGGAGUCCAAGCGCUUCUUCACGCGUCCAGCCAUGCUUACCAAACUCGCACAAUUCCUCGUCGACGUCAGGAGGUUCAACACGAUGAAGGCGUACCGCAUGCGACAGCAAGUGGUGGCCAUUCAGAACGAGGAAGACGACACCACAACUUACGUCGGCGUGUGGAGCCGCUCCCGCCACCGCGAGGGCGCUGUUGUCCCCAAUCUCUUCUCCUCCCUCUUCCCUGCUGUCGCUGAGGAGUGCAAGGCGGACUACGCCCUGCCGGAGUUUGACGGUGCUGUUGUGCAGCUGUUGAAAGAGCACCACGGGCGGUUUGUGCUGAAGCUCAUGCGUGAGAUUAUUCGCAUCACGCGCGAACAGCAACAACAGGCGGCAGCAGCGGCGGCAGCAGAGUAGCUGUCUCGUUGUGACUUGUGUGAGUGUACAUUGUGUGAGUGCAUGUGUGUCUGCAUACGUCGUGUGUCGUGUGUGUCGCCAUAUGACAGCUUCUUGACAUUCAUGGUUGUUCGGUAUGUGUCGCUUGUCUGUCGAAGUGUGUGUGAUGACACUUUAUUCCGCUUUGCUCCCUCUCAUGUGUGUAUGUAUAUGCGCUCUGCGCUUCUUUCUUGCUUUCGCUCCCUAGUCAACUUGAUGGUGUGUGUGUGUAUGUGUGUGUGUGUGUGUGUGUGCGUUCUUGUCUGCUAUUGCAUUGCACGAUGUGCUUGGUUGUUACCGUUUCUUCUCUUAUUGAGUUGUUCGUAACUGAUGAAUUGAAAGCUACGCUUCAGC